GCGCAAAUCAGACAUGAUCCGAGCGGUAGUUUCGGUAGCGCGUGCACAGUUUGUGAUCGAGCCUCUGGAGAUUGAGCCUCUGCGAGAGAGACAGUUAGACAAGAUUUUACACUGUCACACACGGAACCGAAGGACAAAAUCAAAUUUAUCCAAUCGCUUUGUGUUUCGGCAUCAAAAAUCAGAAUUUAACACUCGACGAUAGCGGCCAGGAAUUUUUGGACUGUUGAAGAAUCCGUCAUUGCAUUUCAUCACCUUUCAUUCAACUUGCACACACAGUGGAACCCUGAAGCUCUCUCCAACAGGACUAGGAGGAGGAACCAGAGUGACGGGAAAAGUACAAAAAUAAGAAGGAUCAUAAAGGACAUGUACAGAAUGGUGCUGUGGAGGGUAGAGCUGAAGUGUUCUGCACUGGAAUGACCUCCCACACACUCUCACAUGGUUUCUAUGGGAAUUUCAACAUAGCCGCACUCUGCUGGAUGGAAGGAGGUGUAUUUAUGUGGCAUCUGAUCACUCUGCUUUGGUAGGCCAGUAUUAUUUAGCCGCCUCACUGCCUUUGGUCAGAAUGCCAGCAAAAGGGAAGUACUUGCUGAACGAGCAGAAGUUAAAACAGGAAGCACUGUACAGGAAAUUUUCUGGCAUUAGCCAAUACCAGCUGUUCGUUCUGCUGCUGGGACUGAGCAUGCUCACCUGUGCCACACUGCUAGUGCUCUUCUUCAGCCUGAAACUGGAUGCACAGAACCAUGGUGUAUUUGUGGGAGUUGUGGGAGGAGCAUUGUGUUUGUUCCUGGUUGUGUUUAUAUUAGUGUGUACAGAGACCCUCUCUCAGAGAUGGAGAACUUUGCUUGGCCUCUCCGUGUGGGCCACACACCUCACAAUGGGCUUCGCCUUUAUUUUCGGCAUUAGACAAAUACAACCAUGGGACCAGGUGCCCUUCUUCCUCUUCAUCAUCAUUACAGUCUACACCAUGCUGCCAUUCCAGAUGAGCUAUGCUGUAACCCUGAGUAUCAUCUCCUCUCUGUCUCACAUCAUUGUUCUUUCGGUGCACCUCACAGUGUCCAAAUACCAAUCCAGUGUCCAAAUUUCACCCCACCACAUCACCAAUCAGUUGCUGUCAAAUGCUGUGGUGUUUCUUUGUGGAACUAUAGUUGGGGCUUUUCAUAAGGUUCAGAUGGAGAAAGCUCUCAGGCAGACAUUUCAGGAUACUCUUCGCUGCCUCGGCAUUCGCAUGAAACUGGAGAUUGAGAAGAGACAGCAGGAAAACCUUUUACUGUCAGUCCUUCCUGUGUACAUCUCCAUGAAGAUGAAGUUGGCCAUAAUGGAGCGCUGCAAGUGUAAAGAUAAAGAGGAACAGCAGCGUAUGGUCCAGGACAACAACUUCCACAGUCUCUACGUGAAGAGACACGAGAAUGUCAGCGUCCUGUAUGCUGACAUCGUGGGUUUCACGCGUCUGGCCAGUGACUGUUCUCCUAAAGAGCUUGUGAUCAUGCUGAAUGAACUUUUUGGGAAAUUUGACCAGAUUGCAAAAGAGAAUGAGUGCAUGCGAAUAAAAAUUCUUGGUGACUGUUAUUACUGUGUGUCUGGCCUCCCCGUUUCCCUGCCAAAUCAUGCCAAAAACUGUGUUAAAAUGGGCCUUGACAUGUGCGAAGCCAUCAAGCAGGUGCGUGAGGCAACAGGUGUAGAUAUUAACAUGCGAGUAGGUGUGCACUCCGGAAACGUCCUCUGUGGUGUGAUUGGCUUACGGAAGUGGCAGUUUGAUGUGUGGUCACAUGAUGUCACCUUAGCCAAUCAUAUGGAGUCAGGUGGAUUACCAGGACGAGUUCACAUCACAGAGGCAACUUUGAAGCACUUGAACAAAGCGUAUGAGGUGGAGGAGGGGAACGGUCACCUGAGAGACCCCUACCUUAAAGAGCUCAACAUCAAGACUUAUUUGGUCAUAGACCCACGGUCAAAAGAUCCAUCACUGAUGGCCCCCACUGUCACUAAGCCUCGUGUGAAUGACGGUUUGAAGAUGCGAGCAUCUGUGCGAAUGACACGCUUCCUGGAGUCAUGGGGGGCCGUCAAACCGUUUGCCCAUCUACAGAGCCGAGAGGAAUUCUGCACAGAUGCUAUGGUCAAUGGAAAGGGUCGCUGCAAGGACAUCCCUCUUAGAUCAGUACCGAGCAAAAUUACAGAGAGCUUUGAUGAGUCUCUUGAGGAGCCCUUCUCUUUACCUGCCCCUCCCUUGAGCACAUAUAAGAAUAAAUCACAGAAGACUAAGUUUGAUGAAGAGCUUCAUGACAAGAUGACCACCACCAUCAAUGAUCUGAGCUCCAGCAAGCAGUGGGUGAAGUCUGAAGAGAUCUCCGGCCUCACGCUGUGGUUUACUAAACGAGACCUGGAAAAGCAGUACAGGACUAUAGAGAUGCCAAGCUUUAAAUAUUACAUUGGUUGUGCCACCUUCGUCUUUUUCUGCAUCUUCAUCAUCCAGAUGUUUGUUACCACGCAGCGUAAAGAGCUGUGCCUGGCGUUUGCGAUUUUGGGGUGUUUUCUGCUUUUGAUUCUAUGCAUCUGUUUUGCGGGUAAUAUGCAGAGGAUGUUUCCAGAGAAGUUGAAGUCAUGUACGUGGCUCUCGGCUCUUUCAGAAGCAGUGGUUAAGAGACCUUUUCUGCGCCUCCCAUUGGCAACUGUGGCCAUUGCAGUCAUAGUCAUCAUCGCCAUGUUCAACUUGUAUUUAAAAAACCCGGAGAAUUUAUGUGGCCCUAAUGUGACUGGUUCUGUUAAAGAAGACCUUUCGUAUUUGCCUUACUCGGUAUAUAAUUGUAUAUUGGCGUUGAUCGCCUGUGGCGUGUUUUUGAGGGUGAGUUUGGAGCUGAAGAUGGCCUUCCUCUUCAUCGUCUCUGCUGUUUGCUACAUCAUCAUCUUCUACUCCCAGGAAAACCUCUUCAGCAGCUAUAGCUCCCUGCUCUACACCAACCACACCAACCACACCUGUAAAGAGAGCAAACUGAUACUGUCCGAAGCAGGACUUAUGAAGCACCCACAACUCAUGAGCUGCAUCUACAUCACACUCUUUCUCUUUACCAUGCUGCUCAUAUCUGGCCAGAAUGAGUACUGUUGGCGUCAGGACUUCCUGUUGAAGAACAAGAACCUGGCCGAUAAGGAAGAAGUCGAGCUGUGUGAAAACCUGAACCGUCUCCUUUUGGAGAAUGUUCUCCCUGCGCACGUGGCCGCUCUCUUCGUGGGCGAGAACAAAAAGAAUGAGGUGGGGCUGCUGUCCACUAUCUCUUUACUAAACCGGAAAUACAAGGACCUGUACUAUAAGUCAUAUGACUGCGUAUGUGUGAUGUUUGCCUCGGUGCCAGACUUCAAAGAGUUCUACACUGAGUGUGACAUCAAUAAAGAAGGACUGGAGUGUUUGAGGCUCCUCAAUGAGAUCAUCGCCGACUUUGAUGAGUUGUUAUCUAAGCCCAAGUUCAGUGGUGUGGAGAAGAUUAAAACCAUUGGCAGCACAUACAUGGCUGCUGCAGGACUGAGUGGACCUCCAGAGCAGAGCAGCCAGGACCGUGAGAGGCAGAAUGCACAGAUAGGAAACAUGGUGGAGUUUGCCAUCGCUCUGAUCGGCAAGCUGGACGGCAUCAACAGACACUCCUUCAACACAUUCAGGCUUCGUGUCGGUAUAAACCACGGCCCAGUGAUUGCUGGGGUGAUUGGAGCCAGGAAACCACAGUAUGAUAUCUGGGGAAACACUGUGAAUGUGGCCAGUCGUAUGGAAAGCACUGGAGAGCUGGGUAAAAUACAGGUGACAGAGGAGACGUCAGAUGUCCUGCAGACGCUAGGCUACUUAUGUGAGUGUCGUGGCCUGAUCAAUGUGAAGGGCAAAGGAGAGCUGAAAACCUUUUUUGUGUGCACAGAUUCCAGCAAACAGCAGGGCAUCGGUCUGAGCUGAGACUGAAUCCUCUGCCGCUGACAGCUUCACACACACAGACUCCGGACCUAUAUGUGAUCUCUUUGUUUUCUUUCAAGAAUGUUUUAUUGCUACUGGAUGUUUCUUUAGAGCAUGUCUAAAGAACUGCACUUUUUUUCUGAUUUUGACAUGUUAGAGUUUGUUUUGGCAGCAUUUGGAGGCCUGAAACUCUCAGAUAUGCAGCAACAUAUACAUACACACAUCUCACAUGAUCCUCUUAUGGGACACAGACCACAGACAGUGGGUAUCUGAGUUCGCAGAGAAAAAAAAAUACUGGUUCUCAGUAUUGCUCUCAGACUUUCUGGGUACUGCUGUCAGAGUGGCCUUGAUCCUGUUGGAUUUAGACUGAUUUGGGAUGACUGAGCUGGUCAGAAGAGGGAACACCUGACCCACACAAACCCUUCACAGACAAGCAGAUGUGAAAAUAUCUAGAAUUUCUUUAGUCAUUUGAACGAAUGUGUCCUUUAUUAUCAAUCUUUCUGUAAACUUUUGGACCAGCAAAGUGGUGGAUGCCUAUUCUUGCUUGAAUCUACAUACUGUGGAUGCUUUUUUGUUUGUUUGUUUUUCUUUAAAAACAACUGCCAAGUGUUUUGAAUGCCAAAUUUUGACAUGCAGUGUUGAUUUGCUGUUGCCUUUGAGUUGAGAUUGUGGAUGUUGGAGAUGGGCCUUCCUUAGCUUCAUAAUAUGCUACAGAUGAAAACUAUUAAGGAAUGUUUACAUAUACUGGGGGGAAAAUGUAAAUGACUGAAAUUCAAUGAUCUUAAAGUGAAAAUGUACUUUCAUCGAUUUCCCAUAAUCUGUCUGAGAUCUUGACCAAAUAGCUCUGUGGCUUCUCUCAUCUGAAGUUGUAAAUUGACGACGCACUGGAUGGAUGUAGUCGUGCAUCUUAGCUCACAUCGCAGUAAAUUGAUUUGCUCAAAUGGUCUCUGCUUCUGUUCUGUGAGAAUACUUAGUGAAAGUGUGAAGUAUUUGUGUCUAAUGAAGCCAUUGGCAUAAACGUUAAAUUUAGAUUGCAAUUCCUAUGUGCCUCUCUGGGUUUUCAGCACACAGUGAGUGUUACAGUGUGACUGAAUUUACAUGGUUUGAGAUUGUGCUGCCUUUCUGUACCGCAAUGUUUGUGAGGAACACACCUGCUGUCCUCCUCCGUUUUGUAUGCAUUGUUACAGAAUAAAUCAUUUUACACUUAA